UGGUGCGCGCCAAGGAUGGCGAAGAGGCCUCGCAGUGAGGAAGAUGAUGAUGACCUUCACUAUGCAGAUCAUGACUAGGAAGUACCACCAAAAGGAACGAAGAAGAUAUGUAACAGAGUAAAAUGGACGCGUGAUGAGGAUGAAAGGCUGAAGAAGCUAGUAGAACAGCAUGGUACAAGUGACUGGACAUUUAUUGCUAGUCAUCUACAAAAUCGUUCCGAUUUUCAGUGCCAGCACCGUUGGCAAAAAGUCCUGAAUCCAGAACUUAUUAAAGGCCCCUGGACUAAGGAAGAGGAUCAGAGGGUAAUUGAGCUGGUUCAGAAAUAUGGUCCAAAGCGUUGGUCUUUGAUUGCAAAGCACUUAAAAGGAAGAAUAGGGAAGCAAUGUCGAGAACGGUGGCACAAUCACCUUAAUCCUGAGGUAAAGAAAUCUUCAUGGACUGAGGAGGAAGACAGGAUCAUCUAUGAAGCUCACAAACGGUUGGGAAAUCGAUGGGCUGAAAUUGCAAAGUUGCUUCCCGGAAGGACUGACAAUUCUAUCAAAAAUCAUUGGAACUCCACUAUGCGAAGAAAAGUAGAACAAGAAGGAUAUUUACAAGAUGGAAUCAAGACUGAGCGACCUUGUUCGUCAAAACUACCACACAAAACUUGUGCAUCUACAGACCAUCUUCAUACCCCAAAUCAGUUUUACAUACCAGUGCAGGCACAUAUCCCAGGAUAUCAGUAUGUUUCAACAGAAGGCAACUGCAUUGACCAUGUCACAACUUCUUCAAAUUUCAUUCAGCAGACAUUUGAUGAUGAUCCUGACAAAGAGAAAAAAAUUAAGGAACUUGAGCUGUUACUUAUGUCAGCUGAGAAUGAAAUCAGGAGAAAGAGAGUCUCAUCUCAAGCUGGAAAUUUUUCUAACUGGUCUGGAGGCUUCAUCAUGGAAGAUAGUAUGACAAAUGCCCUAAAUGGUCUUGGGGAACAAACAAAUGACUUCUAUAAUCUGGAUGAAACCCAGACUGCAACAGCUCAGCAGAACUCUCCUACCAAAUAUUUGGCUGUGGAGGCAAAUGCGGUAUUGUCAUCUCUACAGACCAUUCCAGAAUUUGCAGAGACACUAGAACUCAUUGAGUCUGAUCCUGUAGCAUGGAGUGAUGUCACCAGCUUUGACCUCUCUGAUGUGGCUACGUCCCCUGUCAGUCAAGCUCCAGUAAAACUAAUGCGGAUUCAGCACAAUGAUGGGGCCAUGGAGUGCCAAUUUAAUGUAAGUGUUGUACUAGAUGGCAAAAAAUCAAGUGAUGAAGAAGAGUCAGCAUCUCCAACUACAGCCAAGUUUAGUACUCCUCCAACUAUAUUGCGCAAGAAGAAGAAAACUAGAACUGGACUGUCACCAUCAGUGAAUGAACAGAACGAUGGUUCAUGUAGCAAUGGUUCCAAUUUUGCACUAAAACAAACACCAGUGAAAACACUACCCUUUUCUCCUUCCCAGUUCUUCAACACCUGUUCUGGAAAUGAGCAGUUUAACAUUGAAAAUCCUGCCUUUACAUCAACUCCAAUUUGUGGCCAAAAGGUUCUUAUUACCACACCUUUACAUAAUAAAGAAGUAACACCCAAAGAUCAAAAAGAAAAUGCAGGUUUUAGGACACCUACUAUUAGAAGAUCGCUGCUAGGUACAACACCAAGGACCCCUACUCCAUUUAAGAAUGCUUUAGCUGCUCAGGAAAAAAAAUAUGGUCCUCUGAAAAUUGUGUCACAGCCCCUUGCCUAUCUGGAAGAAGAUAUCAGAGAAGUUUUAAAGGAGGAAACUGGAACAGAUAUCUUCUUCAAGGAAGAAGAGGAUUCUUUCUACAAGGGCUGCAAACUAGAGAAUCCUUCUGUGAAGAAAGUCAGGAAGUCAUUAGUUUUGGAUCCUUGGGAAAAAGAAGAGCUUGGUGCCCAGUUUUUCACAGAAGACAGUGUUCCAGAUGUACAGUCAGAAAAUAUAUACACUACAUCACUCCUGAUGAUUCCAUUAUUGGAAAUACAUGACAAUAGAGGCAGUAGGACUCCAGAGAAACAGGAUUCCAGUUCAACAAAGCUGAAUGUAGCAAUGAAGAAAAAGCAGAAUACUUGCACUUCAAAAAAUGUCAAAACAGAAAAAACCUUCCAGGCCAAUUGUGAAUGGGAAGCUGUUGUUUAUGGGAAGACCGAAGAUCAGCUUAUAAUGACUGAGCAAGCAAGAAGAUACCUGAGCACCUAUACAGCUACUGGCAGCACUUCAAGGGCUCUGAUCUUGUGAUGGUCCCUAAAUAUACCAAUCUACCUUUUUUCUUUAUACUACAGACUUUAUACUGAGAUUUCCCCCCCAGUAAUGUAUGUAUGGAUACUUUUUUGAGUUGAAGCUGCAUUAUAAGGGAGAACUUAAGUCUCUUUUUAAACCUUUUUUAAAAGCAAGUUUAAUUGGUCUUUUAAAAGACCACUCUAAAGAAAAUGGUAAAAGGAAUAUUUUUUUAAAGCCGUUUUUUAAAUUCUUUAUACAUUUCUCUUGUUCUUAAGAAGCUUUUAAUGUAGAGUAGGUUUACAGGUACUCAGUGAUCUGUAAAAGAAAAAACAUUACACAACUCCUUGAGAAUGCUUUUGCUUAAACGCAUUUGCUUAUGUAGCAAUUUUUAUAAACACAAAAGAAAGACUAAAGGAAGAAUAGAAAGUUGCACUACUAGAACUAGGUAUGCUGCACAAAAUUAACUACAGUGUUAAAUGUAUUUAUUUGAGAAUGGUACUUCUAAUAAGAGUAGACAAAGGGAAGAAUUUAAUUUUUAUUAGGAUAAAGCAUCAGUAUUUAGAAAUCUCAAACUGAGACCAUUGUUGAAUGUAUUGUACAGCAUGUGGGAGCAGGAAGGCUUUUGUAAAUUUGGAAGGUUUUUUUUAAUUUAUUUUCAUUUUAAAGCUUAAGGCUGCAAUCUCACCAAGUGCUCGCAUAUUCCUGCUGCUUUGCAAAACAACACAAACUCAGGAGGAAGCCAGGACAAACUUGCUCUUGCUUGCAGAGAGGAGAGAAGGAGUAACACCCACUUCUCAGAGACAACACCUUUAAGCACUGUUGGCCCUUGCUCCUCCUUUCCAUUGUUGUAACCUCAGCCUUAUGCACUGUUUUUAUACACAGUCCAUUCUGUUAGUUUUUGAGAUGCACUACAUCCCCUUAUUAUCCUUUCCCCAUAGAAGCAGCAGUCCUGACCAAGUCCUCAGUCUUUUCUUGAAUAUGAGUCUAAAGCUAACCUGCCAGUUGAACCCCAUUCUCCUUCUAGCCUGUAAAGUCUUUGGGACUAUAUGCACUGCCUUAAUUUUGGUAGGACACUUAAGAAUUUUCCAGUAUAUAUCAGUCAGGGGCAUUAAGAAGAAGAAGAAAAACUGCAUUUUGUUUCUUUUAGGAAGCUGCAGUGGGAUUACUCCUGCAAAGCUCUAACAUGGGUAGAUUGAUAGAAGAGCUCUCUUUAGGUCAGAGGAUGUGAGCAGCUUGUGACAGUGAAGAAUCAGUCUCUUAAAAGAUGAUGCUCAUAUUCUCAGUUGCAGAUUGUGCCUUUUGACAGGGAUGAGAGCAUCUUGCUUCUCCACAAAUAGUGAAAUAUGUUUGUUAGGGAAACAAGGAGAAAGCUGGUGGUGACAGUUGAUCCUACAAAAGGCCCAGGGAAGGGAAGGAGAGCAAGGCCCCAAUAUUGUAUGAAGUAUCAGAAUUGACUGUGUCAUGAAACGUUGUACCUUGCAGAAGUUAAGAAAUGGAAAAUGGGAGAGGAAGCUCAGUUGGGCUGGCCUUUUACAGCAGUUGCUCUGAUUUGCUCUCAGUCUCCACAAAUGCAUCAUCUUUUACCUGAGGAGAUAGAUUGGAACACUGGUGGUACCUGAGUUGUCUGAUGGCUAAGGGGUGUCUCUGAAGAUACCUUACUAUUCCUAAUCAAAUCAAAGCAGGAAUAAAAGGAAGUGGCCUGUGGUAUGUCUCAGGAGAAGCACAGUGCAGGGUAUAAACACAUCUCUGUGUGAAAGAGACUUCCUCUUUUCUGCUUUUUUCCUGAGCUGUGUAAACACUGUGAAAGUGGCAAAAGGGAGAAUGAGCAUCCUCUCUGAAGGAUGGUGGUGGAGGAUCAGCUGCUAUGGCAGGAUGCGUGAAGUAUCUGGGUUGCUCUGCGAAUGCCAGCCCCAGAAGUGGGUCUAUGCGGGCACAAACGAUACAAAGGAUUGCAGCCUCAGUGUGCAGAUAUAUAUAUGUAUGCAGGUUGUCUAGAAGCUGAUGUUGUUUUCCUGGUAAAUAGCUCGAGCAAAAAUGAGAAGGCGAAUUUUAACCUUGGUGCAUGGAAUAGCAGCGAGAUUGCAUGCUGUGAAAUACAUGAAUUUACAUUUCAUCUAUUUGAGAUUGCACUAUUCCCUUUUAAAUCAUGUUGGUCUAACAUAGUAGUUUUAAAGUUCAGCUUAGUUAUACUACAAAUAUUUCAGGACCCUGGUUAUUAAAGGGAUACAUUUGUGUAGGGACAGAACAAGAGGACAUGCUGUGUCUCAUCUUGUAGCCCUAUACAGGAAUCAACACCAAUGCAUUACAUUACAACUCUGAAAGAAAUAAGAGUCGGCUUAUAUAGUUAUUUUUCUUGACACAAGCAGUCAUGGGCUUUCCUUGGCCACAUUUUGUGCUUGCUUCAAUGUGGAGAGAUGUUGGUGUGAACCGUGCUGUAAAUUGGUUAGUUGCAGUGGCUUCUGCAAUUGUGCUUGGGAGAAGUGCCAACACAGUCACAGAAGUUGCUGUUGGCUCUAUCUCUGUACAGCUCAAGUCACCCUCAAUUCUCCCCACCCACCCUGCGUGUGGGCAUGCACAUGACUGAGGAUAGUCUAUGGUUACUUGCACUGAGGCUGUGAACUCUUUCUAAAACCAUUUAUGCCUGCUCUUGGAUGCCUCAACGACCCCGUUACAAAACUGUUUAAAAUGAAAAUUCAUUUCCCCCCCUUAAUAUUUGUACAUGCUUCUAAUCUUCACAGGUUACAGCAGUUGCUUCAGUUUACCUGCUUUAGACAUUUGCACUUAUUUAUGUCUGAUUUGAAGGAAUGUCUUAGUUUUGCUUGUUGUAGCUGUUUUUUUUUUAGUUAAUUUCUUGCAGAACAUAAUGGUGUGCUGUCAACCUUAAUACUGACAGGAAAAUAGAAUUGUGUACUGUAGGUGUUAUCUAUUUAUAAAUCUGACACUCUUCCUCUCCACUCCUGGGUGUGCUGCUAUAGAUACUAGCAGAAUCUGCUUGCUGCUAUGAGAGAUGGAAAGAGCGAGCAUCAUAUGCACUGUAUGUAAAAUGACAAAUAGAAUGAUGGCAUGUUCUCAAGCUAAACUGAUAUCAACUGUUGCUGUGCAUAGAGAAACAAUUACCAGAAAGAAACCUGAUACCACAUAACACCAAGAACUCUAAAAAUGAUUUUUCUUAUUUUAAUAUUGUGUGUGUGGUAUGUAAAGCAAUCUCUGACGUUAGCAUACUUAAAUACAGCUUAAGGCCCCGUAUCAUAGUUAUUUAUUUAUUAUUUUAAAUGGAUAUUUAUAUAUAGGAAUAUUCACCUCACUGCCUUUAAUAGGCACACAAGGUUUUAUCCAGUUUUAAAACUGUUAGCGUUUUUUCUGAUCAGCUCUGUUGAUAAGAGGAUUAUUCUUCCUCUUCAAAAUGUGAGAAGCCAGUUUGGGAUUCCCUUUGGCAUUGUUGGUUUUGGUGUGUUCUCUCUUCAGUAUGUUUCCUUAGAAGAUUCCCCACCUGAAGCACAAAGGAGUUAAGUGGAUGUGAUUAGCAUAGUAAGACUGUAAUUCAGAGAACCAUUCCUACCGUGGCUUUGGACUUUUUCCGUCUUUUUAAUCACAGCCCACCCACCUCAAGGCCAUGUGGCAAGCUACAGUCAUGAUGGCUGUUUUAAGUAGCAUGUGUGUGUUAGCCUCUUGUCCUUCUGGGUAUACACAAGCGCUUAGCUGUAUAUAAAAUGUGCUCUCUGGAUUACAACCAUUAUGCCAAGAUCCAAAGAGUGUGUGCACCAGUGCUGCCUGGAUUUUCCAAUUCUAGCUUUAGUUUCUUGUGCUACGUUGGAAGAUUCUCUGGAGAGUCCCUGACUUUCUGGAGUAGUUCUUGGGAGGACAAGGCAUAGUAGGGGACUGGUUUGUGGGGGAACAAAGUUCUGCAGUGUACACACAAACACUGUCUGCAGCUCUUUGGGCUGACUCCAUGUCUUCAUCUAUUAUGCUUAAAAGAUUUGCUGCUUUGCAGGAGGUAUGCAAAUUAUUUGUAUUUUUCUUUUUAAACGGUACCAAAGCAUCCAGUACCAAGAUUUAACAUAGGUCUCUGGUAAGUAGUACAAACUGGAGCUGGUAUUGGUUGAACCUUUCAUUUAAUUGCUUUCGUGUUGCUUUUAGGAAAAGAAAUAAAUAAAAGGUUUUGAACCUUUGCCAUGUUAGAUAUAUUUUGAUACUUUUGCAGUCUUAGGUGCAUUUGAAUUUUU